UUUAAAUUAUUAUUAUGAGUGAUCCUUCAGCAUCGACUAUCGCGAAAGAGUUUGCAAGACACAGUCACUUGUCACUCCGCUGAUUCCAGAGGCCGCUUCUUGAAUCUUCUGCCUCCAUUCCGUUGAAGCUACCCGACUAAAAAAACGUGCUACGGUGGACAGCCCCGGAGUGUGAGUACCAGCCCUCUACAAAUGCAAGCCGCCCUGGUCGGAUCACCAGAUUAUUCGGUUCUGUCCACAGUCCUCCCCUGCACAGGCGGUCGCGCUCUCCAGCACACCUGGUCCGCGCUACUGCCGCUAGCACUGGUGCUAUGCAGGCGGCAACUGUAUCUAUGAGUACAUGUAGAUCUACCAGAAGCCACUUGUCAGGCUCAGGAGGGAACAUUGGUGCGGGCGAGGAGGUCGGUGGACUCCGCGGUCCGGAUGAGGAAUUUGACACGCGAAAAUGGAUACCCCUGAAUAAUCGCGUGGGGCCUCACGGGGAUGUCGUCCAGCUGCUGUCCUUCAAAACUGAGUGUUGCAAGAAUCGCAAACCGCCCAGCUAUGGAACUUGUUUCUUGGCGAAGAGUAUCAGUGGAAGAGGGAGUAAGUCAUCGUUUAACUUGUUCAAUGAAGGAGAAAAGGGAGACGAGUACGUGUGUUUCUUCACCGUAGCUCAUAACCUUUACUGUUACAAACAUAGGUGCUACGCAGAGAAGAUUGCCCUGGUGCACAUGAAGCAGCCAGGCACCCUGGAGUGGACGGCUCGCACGAAACAAAAGGAAAUACACCACGGCGACACUAAGAGUGGAUUCUACCGCGUGCCGGAGGAGUUUAAAACGUUCACGACCCACGAUGCCCAAUGCCGUAGCGACUAUGGAUUGAUAGUGCUACGUCGUGACAGCUUACUGGACGUGGAUACACAGAACAUCAGCCUUUGUCUGCCCGCGUCGCUCAGGCCGUGUUACCAGAACGGUGCGGUGUGCGGUUACCCACAGAAUGUUUACCGGCGACCAGACAUCCCCGGCUACGGUGAAGAGGACGGUGUGAGUGCCGGCGUUCCGGGACGGCCCGAUGUGAAGCGAUAUUGCGUCACGGGUGCCCAGUACUGUUCAGCGGCGUGCUCAACGUCGGCACCCGCAGUUAAGAUGAGCGACAAGCGCCUGCGUGAUGCGGAUUUCCGGAGGGUCGCGGAGCGGAACAGCAACGGGAUAUUCUCGUUCCCGCAAAACCACUUCGACCAGGAGCGUGAGGUGUUUCGGCCGUCACCCCAGACGAGUGAGUCGCUGUACCGCUACUACAUAGAAGCAUCCCCGGGUAACAGCGGGUCUCCAGUGUACGUGGACUUGAAAGAUAGUAGCAGUGUGGAAGUGGUCGGUAUACACAGGGGACCUUGGUGCUACAGGUUUAAGGAACGGAUCGACAUUGCUACAGACUGCAACAUCGCUGUUCGCCUAACGGAGGCCGUGCUAGAUAGAAUGAGAGGCUGGCUAGAUGAAUACGUCACGGUCGGAGUUGACUGCGGAGAGGAGAGCGGCACUCCACUUGACAGCUGUGUAGACAGUUUAGUGGAUGAUGAUGAUGAUGUUGCUCCGCUCUUCCGUGUGGCUUCACACCUACCGCUGGCAAUCAGGCAGCAUCCGAGUGCCCCCACUGUGGGUAUCAAGAAUGUCACCAGCGAAGUGAAGCAAACUGGUUCGGGCGCAGUGAAUAUAAACGUGCAAGGCGAUAGAAGUGCGGUCACAGUUGAAUUUCUCACUGCGAAGACCACGACGAGCACUGCUGUUGGUAGCCAACCGGUGAGUGACGUGACGACAGCUAUAUCGUUGGAUGGUGUUACAGUUCCAGCAAGCGAUGAGGCACACUGCCCCAUCAACAACGCUGCGAUGUACCCGACGCAGGCAAGCACUCCCCGCACCGGUGCACCACAGCAACUGCGGCAGCAGCAACAACAACAGCGGCAGCAGCAGCGGCAGCAACGGCAGCAGGAACAGCGGCAGCAGCGGCAGCAGAAGCAGCAAAAACAACAGCAGCAACGGCAGCAGCAGCGAAUCACUCCUCUGCAACAAUCAACCAUGUUGUCCAAUCAGGCAGAUGAUAUGCUGGAAAAAGCAGCGCGAAACACGAGCGUUUCAACGUGUCAGCCUCCCAGUGGUCCAUCACCGCCACAAGACAUGUCUCAAGUUCAACAUGACUUUGGUCCAUCACCGGUACCAGACAUGUCCCCUGUACAACAGCCCAGUGGUCCAUCACCGCUAUCAGACAUGUCCCCUGUACAACAGCCCAGUGGUCCAUCACCGCUACCAGACAUGUCCCCUGUACAACAGCCCAGUGGUCCAUCACCGCUACCAGACAUGUCCCCUGUACAACAGCUCAGUGGUCCCUCACCGGUACCAGACACGCCCCGUGUACAACAGCCCAGUGGUCCAUCACCGCUACCAGGCAUGUCUCCUGUACAAAAUCACGUUGGUCCAUCACCAGUACCAAACACAUCCUCUGUACAACAUCACAGCGGUCCAUCACCGCUACCAGACACAUCCUCUGUACAACAGCUCAGUGGUCCCUCACCGGUACCAGACACGUCCCCUCUACAACAGUUCAGUGAUCCAAAGCAUCUACCAAGUAUGGAUCCGGUACAGCAGCAACAGCAGGGCACUUCACCUCAGCACCAGGGCACUGUACCUCAGCAGCAGUAUUCCACACCACGGCAAAUGGACACGCAUACACCAGUGCCGCAAGAGGGUGCAUUCACAUUGCCGCAGCAACAGGUUGUGGGUGUGUCACGGCAGCACAUGGGUAUGUGUGCAUUGCCACAGCAGCCGAUUGUGGAUGCGUCACGACAACACAUGGGCAUGGUUGCGUUGCCACAGCAACCAGUUGUGGAUGCGUCACGACAACACAUGGGCGUGUGUGCGUUGCCACAGCAACCAGUUGUGGAUGCGUCACGACAACACAUGGGCAUGUGUGCGUUGCCACAGCAACCGAUUGUGGAUGCGUCACGACAACACAUGGGCAUGUGUGCGUUGCCACAGCAACCAGUUGUGGAUGCGUCACGACAACACAUGGGCAUGUGUGCGUUGCCACAGCAACACGGUGUGUACAUGUUACCACAGCAACUGGGCGCGCUAGCACAAGAACAGAGAACAACACCAUGGCAACAGAGUGCUCCUAUCCCGCAACAACUAGUUAUGAUGGCAGGCCUGUACACUGACGUUGAUCCAGAACAGUGGGUGAACUUCAGAACUCUGUCGGCCAAAGAGAGGACAAGCCUCUAUAACUAUCUUCACUAUUACCUGGCUAAAAGUCCCAAGAUGGUGUACACUCUUGCUAUCUAUCUACUGGACGGUUGCACAGACGUACCGGACCCGGAAGCGGCGAUCAACAACAACGCAGGCCAAGAAAAGAAGAAUUUUGACUUGUUUGACGCCAUGAUGGACCUGUGGCUCGAAAAGAUGACUGAUGUCAGUGGCAAGGUUCUCCAUGAAGCUGUGGCCACGGGACUGGGCAGGGGAAUAGCUGCGAGCAUCAAGGGCAAACUGCAGGGUGACUAAUGAUUUCAACAGCAGGUACAACGCUGCCGUGAAGUCAUCAGCGCAAAGCUCCCCGCUGUUGAUCGCACUUGGUGACGUUGCUGAUUAGAAAACGAUUCCCUGCUGUCGCAAUUUCACCAUGAUCGGUCAUGUCAGUGUCACGCAGUUGCUCGACAACGGUCGGCAGCUACCAUUGAGCAUUGAGCAUGCUGUAGUGAGCUCUACGCCGGCCUGCCACAGAAGGCAAAAGAGCAGAGUGAACUAUACAACCAUGUACUCAAUCUGCGGACAGAACUGUUUCGUCCUUUGUGGACUCCUCGGCGCGCCACAGAGAAAAUGAGGCCGAACCUGAGGCCGAACAGUCA